UUUAACACUUUUAUGUCAUCUGCCUGUUGCUAUUCGAUUAGAUACACGGAGUGGUGAGCAGAGCAUAGGAUUUUCUCUCGAUUAUUGGUUCUGUAUGUAGAAUUUAGGGUGAUUUUAUCGAAUAUUAGCCUUGACAGUUCGGCCUUAGUUCAUUCGAGGUCAUCGUCAUUGCGUUACUGCUUCAUCUGGCAUAGCUGAUGCGUAUUAUCAAAUGUACUUCGUAUCUAUCCAUAGUAGUACUGCUUCAAGUACGGUCUUUGCACUCUAAUAAAGAUUAACACAGCUCUACUACUUGCAUUGCGGCAAGAUGGAAUUUAAACUCUUUAUUUGAUGACAAUAAAUAUCUAGGAGUAUCUAUAAGCUUCAUGUUAUUAGCAAAUAGUAGGUGAAAGUUUGUAGGUAUGUGCCGAACUGUGGCCUCUGGGUUACCUCCUAUUUGUUAUCUAAAUAAAAGUUAUUUCUUUACAUUAUGGAUGUACUCAUCAGAGUCUAAGUCCCCAACUCUAUGUCAUAACAUUUAUUUGAUAAUCUAAGUUACCAUGAUUUGGCUUCCCUUUAGGUACUGUCCCUGACAAACCUUGUCUUCACCUUGUUAUGCAUGGUAAGAUCAAGAUGAAACUCAGGAAGACUGAGCAAACCUAGACUGAAUAAUUUUCAUGAUAUUUUUUCUUUAUUUGUGGCAUUACCGUUCAUGUCUGCAGAUUUUUUAUUGUACUGAUGACUGCAACUUUUAGUCCUCUAUAAGAAUGUAAUGGUAUGUGUUUAUACCAUAAAGUUUAACCAAUGAAAAUAUUAUCCUUUACUUGUGUAGUUGUACAUAGGUGGUCCUUUUGAGUGGAAAUAAAUAUGGAGAAUAGCAAUGUUAACAGUCAUCUUUUAAUAAUGAUAGCUCUGUUUAAUACUUUAAGAAGAAUUUUCCCAAACAUCUAACAUUUAUGUUAUAGGUAGUUUAGUAUGUGAUGUGCUGUCAUUAUCAGGUAGUCACUUCUUUAUUAUCCCUGCUCACCUGAUGAUUAUAUGGUACAGUUAUGUAAUAAUACAGCAUGUAUUAUACACACAUAGCUUGCUACCUGAUGUGCUAUACAUGUCAUUUGUUUAGUUUGUGUUACUACAAAACUGGGAAGCAAUGAAUAAGAUUAAUUUUGAAAUGGGAUCCUUGACUUCAACAACUCAUGAUACAUUUACAACAUCCUCAUAAAGGUGGUAAUAUCUCAAACUCACAAAAACUUUGUAUCCAGAUUUACCAUUAUACAUUAUGACAUCAGCAGGAAGGUUGUUCAUAUACCAAUCUGCUGGUUAAUUAUGGAGGUGUAAAAGUUUUCUUUUUUUUUGUUUCAAAUGAUUACAAAUCAAGAUUAGUUCAAUUUGCUAUUUUUUUUCUCUACAGUUAGUGACCAGUAGCAGAGUGGUAAAGGGUCUCCUUGUACUAUUGAAAGAGAUAUGAGGUUAAAAAUAUGGAGUAUAUUGUUUCAAAGGAAAAGACAGAUUAGAGUAUCAUUUCAGGAAGACUAGAUCCUCAUUUUAUUGUUUAUGAUAAUGAAAUUGCAUGUGUAACUUCCCACUUAUAAAGUAUUUUUGACAAAAGUUCUGUCAUUAGUUUUGAUAUAUGUUAAACAAUUAAAACCAGUUUCAGAUCUUUAGUAUGGAGAAGAGGAAUAGUUAGCAGGAAUGUGACUUGUUAGAUAUACUAGAUCAGAAUUAUAACAUCAGCAUGGUCUUGAGUGUAGAUGUAAUAAUCUAAUUCUGAUAUGGAUUCUCAUAACAAGAUUCAUAGACGGAAUUCCUGCAGAAAAAGUGAGUUAGUCAAGCAAGCAGAGAACCUUUAUAAUAGCAUAGGCUGUUUGUUUAAUUCAGCACCACCAUGUAGCUUUGAUAAAAGUGGCAAGACUCCUUCACAAAAUGAAAAUCCUGAUGAUAUGACUGAACACAAGAGAGUCUUUGCCACUCUCAUUGCUCGGAAUGCUAAGGAUAUAGAUGUAUUAAUUGAAAGUCUUCCAUCUGAAGACUCUUCAGCUGAACUUCAGACAGCCAACAUGAGGGUGCUAGAGCAGGAAGGUGAAGAAGCUGCUCUGAAGCUGCAACGAGGCAUUGAUCGAGGAGACAAGUUACUUGAAGAGAUCAACAGAGCUCUCAAUGAAAUUGCCAACACACAGUUAGCUAUCAACCGCAUCACAGAUGCUUCACAGGACCAUGGACACAUACAUCUGUAGGAGCACUUGAAAAGGAUUUGCUCCAAGACGACCGACAUGAUCCAACGCGAAGACUGUCAGAGGAGAAAUUAAGUCAGUGCCAGAGAGAGGUCUCAAGCAGAGGGAGCCGGCACUCGGAGGUCAGUGCUUGCCAAGGCGUCAUGG